CUUCCUCUUCUCAUCUGGGCUUCCUGUUGUCACAGCGUGACCGUAUUUUUUCUCCCUUCACUUCUCCUUUUUACACAAAUAGCCUCAGACAUCCGUGUUACUAGCCUUGUCUCAGCCAACGCAGGAUUAUUCAUCAAAUUCGGCCUAAAGGACUGAGGAUCGGUGCCUGCCGAAGAUCAAGAAUAUCUCAGCAUGGGCAUGAGUAGCUUGAAAUUGCUGAAGUAUGUCCUGUUUUUCUUUAACUUGCUCUUUUGGUUCUGUGGCUGCUGCAUUUUGGGUUUUGGGGUCUACCUGAUGAUUCACAACAACUUUGGAGUGCUGUUCCAUAACUUCCCCUCUCUCACACUGGGCAAUGUGUUUGUCAUCGUGGGCUCCAUUAUCAUGGUUGUUGCUUUCCUGGGCUGCAUGGGCUCUAUCAAGGAAAACAAGUGCCUGCUUAUGUCGUUCUUCGUCCUGCUGCUGAUUAUCCUCUUUGCUGAGGUGACCUUGGUCAUCCUGCUCUCUGUGUAUGAACAGAAGCUGAAAGAUUCUGUAGCUGAGGGCCUGACCGACAGCAUCCACCGUUAUCAUUCAGACAACAGCACCAAGGCAGCGUGGGACUCCAUCCAGUCAUUUCUGCAAUGUUGUGGUGUAAAUGGCACAAGUGAUUGGACCGGCAGCCCACCAGCAAGUUGCCCCAAAGAUCCACAAGUGACGGGUUGCUAUGUGAAAGCAAUGCAGUGGUUUUACUCCAAUUUCCUAUAUAUUGGAAUUGUUAUCAUCUUUGUAUGUGUGAUCCAGGUGUUGGGGAUGUCCUUUGCACUGACUCUGAGCUGCCAGAUUGAUAAAACCAGCCAGGCCAUAGGGCUGUGACCUACAACUGCCCUGUAUUGAAGAGACUUGUUUCAUCUCUGAAAAUAUAAAACCAUUUAUAGCAUGACACCCUAAAUGAUCACAUGCUGGACUGUUCUCCUCCCAUCUCUGCCCUUUUUGGGUCCCUGUCUUAUAUAACCAGAGAAAAGUGUAUUGGCCAGGAAUUUCCCAUCUCAGGCAGCAAGACACCUUUCACACACUUACGGCAGCCAUCAUAUCUCUUAAGGUGGUAAAAUGAACACUUGAGCAUUUUUUAGACACAAGAGGCCAAAAGACCUAUGGAACUAAUGGCUCAAGAUCAAAGAGUGGGCCCAGGAUAUGAAUUUUUGCAUCUUCCCUUUCCCAAAUUAGUCUUUAAUCUCUAAGUCAUGCCCAGUCUGCUCUCCAAAAUUAAGCAGGAGACAAACUGAAGGGUGGUGAGCUGGGGCAGGCUCACUGGACCUUUGUUACAACUCACUGUUUCUCUUUGACUAGUGGCCAUGGCUGUAGGAAUGACAGAAUACUCUUUCUUUAAAGGGCAAAACUUCAUUUACAUUUCUUUAUUAAAGGGUCUUAUUGACUUAUUCUAAA